CUAAAAAGUUAAUAAGAUCAAAACAAGAAAAUCAACGAACUAUUUCUGAAUUUGUGUACAUUUUCGACAAAAUGAUUUCCAUAUAAGAACACAUUGAGACACUUACCUUAUAAAUUAAUUGAUUGCCUGUAUGCAUGAGAAAUAAGAAUGGCUUGUGCUGCGACGCCCAGUGAUGGAACUCAAAGCCCUUCUUCUAAAGAUUCCAAUCAUACAACAGUUAAACUGUAUAUAACCUCAUAUACAGAUGAAUUCUACGCUGAACGAGAUGUUAUUAAAAGAGAGAUUUUACCUGAAAUAAGAUCAUGGUGUGAGAAAAAGAAACUCAGUUUAGUUGAACAAAAUGUUAAAUGGGGAGGACGUCAUCCGGACUCUCGUGAAGUUGCAGAGAUGGAGAAAGUGCAGACUGGUAUUGAGAACUGUUACUAUAACAACAUCAUGCCAUUGUUUAUAAAUCUUACAAGUGAAUCUAUUGGCUGGGUUCCGAUGUGGGGAGAAUAUUCAGAUGAAGUAAUUGAAGAUUAUAUUGAAGCAUAUGGUCUACUAGUAGAAGAUCUGGAAGUAUUAUAUGGAGCUUAUAGAGAUGAUAAUCACAAUUCACUGUUUUUGAUCCGAGAUGAUUCAUUUCUAGACUCUGUACCAGAUGAGGAAAGGAGUUGUUUUGUUCGUAAGACUUCAAUAUCACAGAAAGUCUGUGGACCAAAAAACAAAAUAGCACAUAAAUUCCCUAGUCACAGAAUUAUAAAUUACCGGGCCGAAUAUCGUGGUGUUGAUCACAAAAGGCGUCCAUUGUUAAAAUUAUCAGAAGACUUAAAACAACAGAUAAUAAAUUUUGUAAUUGCAAGAAUAGGUUAUGAUUUUUGUGGUGAAGAUUUACCAAUAAACUAUCAUCCUGACAGUCACAUGUUAUCAGCACAUCGUGACUUUCUGUACGAGAGGUGUCAGAUAGUUCAUGGAAGAAGUGAUGUUUUACAAAAGAUUGAAGAUUAUAUUCUAAAAGAUGAGAAAGACGUACCUUUAUUACUAUUAGGCACACCAGGUAGUGGCAAGUCAUCAAUCAUGUGUAAAGCUGUGGAUGUUGUUAUUAAAAAACUCAUGGAGAAUCACCAAACUAGGGGUGAAGGGAAACCGUGGCAUGUGUUUUACCACUUUGUUGGUGCAGUACCAGGUUCCACCGUUUUGGAACCAAUGUUGAAAAGACUUCUCAGGGAAAUGGAAGUUGUUAAGGAUUCCAAUAUGCCGAAAGAUUUAGAUGGAACGGCUCAGAUGUGUUGUAGUAUGUUAUCUAAUCCUAAUACUAAACCUAUUAUUAUAUUUAUCGAUGCUCUUAAUCAGAUUACGGAAGAAAAGGAAGCCAGAGUUGUCUCUUGGUUACCAAGGAAACUAGCGCCAGAAGUGAGAAUAAUAAUAUCAUCUGUCAAUAACACAUUUCAUCAUAAGUCAUUGAUGAGUCGAGAAACAAAACCUGUGGAAUUAAAUGUCAAACCACUUGAUCACCUAUCUAGAAAGGAAAUAAUUAAAGAUAUAUUAAAGAGAUAUAAUAAGAGUUUGACAGAAAGGCAACUUAAUAGAUUAUUACGUAAAGAGUCAUCAGAAAAUCCGUUAUGGUUGACAGUUGCAUGUGAAGAGAUUCGUCUCGUAGAGAAAAAGGAUACUGUAGAUGAUAAGAUUGAAAGUUUACCUGAUGGUUUAUUGAAUAUUUUAGAAGAAUUAUUAACCAGAUUAGAGCAUUGUGAAGGUGGUCAACUAUUGGUAGCAACAUUGUGUUUACUUGAAGCUUCAGUUUCGGGAUUGCUGGAAUCAGAACUACGGAAUAUUCUUGGUGAUAAAGAAUCAUUAACACCUCCGUCACCUUAUGAUGAAAAAGAUGAAAAAGAAUGUUCAGAAAAGGAGAAAGCUAAAGUAAUUGGACCGCUUCCAGAUAAAAAGUGGAAUUUUGUGUUCACCACUUUACGACCUUUUCUACGGCCAUAUGGAGACAGCAAGGAAGGUCGACUUGAUUUUUAUCACAGAGCACUUAGUAAAGCAGUCCGUAAAAAAUAUUUUUGUAAGAAAGAUGGAAGCGAGGAAGUGGAUGUUGAUGAAGUUGAUACAGAUAUACCAGAUGCUGAACAAUGGUGGCAUUUAAAACUUGCUGAUUAUUUCGAAAAAUCUAACAAUGUUGAUAGAAUCGUAGAGGAAUAUCCAUUCCAUCUAACAGCUUUAAAAGAUAGAUAUAGACUAGCACUGUGUUUAUGUGAUUGGAGAGUAUUUGAUAAACUUUAUAAUGAAGAAUUUAGUUCUCUUCUUCUAGCUCACUGGAGAACAGUUGGCUCAACUAGUGAGAUGUUGAGUCAAUAUGAAGCUGAAUUACGAAGAUUUGAACGAGAUGAUAAUGUUAAUGAAGAAGCUGUUUCUAUCAGAUAUGAAAAAGUUUGUAGGGUUGUGAUACAAUCAGGAAAGCAUCAUGAAGCCUUAGAACUUUUAAAGACUGCCAUGAAAAUAGAGGAACGUGAGCUUGGUGCUAGACCUCAUAGAAUGGUAGAACUUUAUGCACUAAUGGCAGAAAUAUAUGAUGAGAAAUUAAAGUUAAAUGAUUUUGUUUCUCCGUGUCAAUUACCUGACUUAAGGAAAACUAUUUAUUAUGGUAGAAAAUCAAUAGCCAUUAGAAGAACAUUACCUGGGGCAUAUCAUAAGUUUAAACUGGCUAUGAGUUUAAUGAAACUAGCAUUUAAUAUGGAGAGUUGGGAGGCAUGUGGGGGAGCUCCUGAACUGAGUGAUACAGAAGCUUUAAUAGAAGGAAACAAAUACAUUGAUAAAGCUUUAAAAAUAUUUCAAGAGCUUAAUGACAUGGGUCAUUACUCGGAAGCUCUAAUGACAAAGGGUGUUUUAGCAUCUAGAGGUAGUAUGGAACAAUUAAAGUUGUAUAAUGAAGCAAUGGAUUUGUGUAUGCAAAUGUAUGGUGAAUAUCAUAUCCUUACAUCAAGAUUAUACAUUAAUAUCGGUAUAGUAUAUGAGGACAAUAAUAACUACAAUAAAGCGUAUGAAUAUUUCAAGAAAUGGGCGCGAGUGAGUGAAGAAAUUCUUGGGCCUGAUCACCCCAAAACUCAACGCGCGAAGGGAGUGUUACGUGAAACACGAUACAAAAGAAUCGCCCAACAGAUGGGAGAAUGGGAAGAGGAGGAAUCAUCAUCUGACUCUGAUGAAAGCGGGGAGGAAGUAGAAAAUCCUGAUAUUGAACAUAAUUAUGACGAUAGCGUAAGUCAUGUUGAUAUGGUAAAUAACAUAUCAAUAGACCAAUCAGUGAAUUCGGCUAGUGUCUUUCUUGAUUCUAACCAAUCAGCUAGCGAGGGAGAUGUUCAAGGUCUGUCGGGUGAUAAUGCCAACGAGGGUUAUCACAAUGGUUUCUAUGAAGAGGAGGAUGUUGAAUCCGUUGAUGAAGAGCAUACCGAUAGUGAAAAUUUCUAUGAUGAUAACUUUGAGGCAUACAAUGAGCAUUACACUUUGCAUACUGCUGUGGGCUCUAUCAUAGAAGAGUUUAAUUUGCAUCUCGAUGAUGAUGAUGACGAUGAUUAUGAAAUUUUAGAACUGGCCUCCACAGAAACCGACGAAACUGAUAUUCAAGUUACCAGAAAUCUGGAUAGUUCCAGUGAUAAUAGAUUUGAUGAAAAUAGUUUAAGUGGAUCUGUUGAACAAGUGGAUAGUUCUGUAUCCGAGAAUCGCUAUAUUAACAGUAGUGUUUUACAACCUGGGGUUAGUGAAGGUCGACGUUUCAGUGAAAUGCUCGGCCUGUUAGAAAUUGAAGUUUCUGAUAAUCGUUUUAGUGAAGGUUCAGACAAUAAUUCUAACAAUACUCUUUUGCCAAAUCUUGAAACAGAACCUUCGCAGAAUAGCUCAGUAUCUAGAGAACCGUGUAAUGAUGCUAAUAUAGAAGUAGUGGAACCUGUCAGUGUGAUCAAUGAUAACCGUUAUAGUAACUAUCACGAUUCACAGAAUCACAAUCAACAUGACAGUUUACCAGAUUAAAUUACAAAAAUUAACAUUUUCUGACCUUACUCAUUAUUAUUCUCUUAGAAAUUAACUUAAAUGGAUAAAAAUGUUCAUAAUUUUUGUUUUUGACAGGUAAUAGCAAAAAUCAUUAUUUGUUUUUGUAGUCAAGAAAUUGAAGAUUAGAUAAACUAGUCUACAGUCAAGAAUGCUGGGUAAUCAUGGCUGUACAUGUACUUGACAAUCAAGCAUCUAUCUUUAGCUCUAUUUUGUGUAGAUAGAUUUUAAGACCUUUUGAUAGGUUUUAGAAUAUUGUCUUCAGGUUUGUUAUACUUCUGAGUGUUGCUCUACCUUUUUGCUUCUUAGUUUUGUUUUUUUUACAAUUUGACCCUAUAUUGCUGAAACCAAAUUCAAACAUUUCAUCGAUCUUUCAUAUGAGCCUAGUUUUAUUAGUAUAGAUCUUUCCUAUACUAGUUUUGUUACUUAAAGAUGGGUUCCCAGAAAAGUAUUUAUCUUAUUUAAAUAAAAGCAUGGUAAUUUUGGUAUAUAUUGAAAGUAGAGAUAUCCAAUCUUACUAGAAAAAUACUGGAUUCCCCGAAAAACACUCAUGGAGCGUAUACAGGACAAAAAGGUAAGCGUUCCCUUAAUCAACAGCCCGACGAUUAGGAAUUAGUAUAUUAGUAUAGACCUUUCCUAUACUAGUUUUGUUACUUAAAGAUGGGUUCCCAGAAAAGUAUUUAUCGGGUGGUUAUUUAAAUAAAAGUAUGGUAAUUUUGGUAUAUAUGGAAGGUAGUAGAGAUAUCCAAUCUUACUAGAAAAAUACUGUAUUCCCCGAAAAACACUCAUGGAGCGUAUACAGGACAAAAAUGUAAAGGUUCCCCUAAUCAACAGCCCGACGAUUAGGAAUUUCUGCACGCGCGAUGUCAAAGGUCACACACGAACAUUGAGCGCUUGAUGUACAAGUUGAACUUUAUGAAGAGUUAGAUGUACAACACUUUCUGAGAUAAAAAUGAUGGCAUAAGACAUGGGUAGUAGAUAAUCCAAUAAAAAAAUUAGGAUUCGAUAUUUGUAAUAAAUAGUAAGCGAUUAAAGACCACAUCGUCUUAUGUAUGCAAUGAAUUCUCCUCUGACUUCCAAGAGAGGUAAGCCACGUGACGUAAACAUGACCUGGUUUGAUCAAAUUUUUAUAGCAGGACAUUCCGUCGUCGCAAUUACAAUGUUUGAGAAGGAUUUGAAGCAAAGUUAUUACAAAUUAAUUAGUUUGAAUGUUUUUAGUCCAUAUAUACCAUUAAGUCACCCAGUUUAUACCCGGGAACCCAUCUUUAAUAAAGAUGUUUCAUAGACUUGUUUUAUUACUACUAGUAUAGAUCUUUCAUAUAUACUAGUUUUAUUAGUAUAGGUCUUGCAUCAUGUGCUAGUUUUAUUAGUAUAGAUCUUUCAUACAUACUAGUUUUAUUAGUAUAGAUCUUUCAUAUACUUGUUUUAUAAGUAUAGGUCUUGCAUAUAUACUAGUUUUAUUAGUAUAGAUCUUUCAUAUACUUGUUUUAUAAGUAUAGGUCUUGCAUAUAUACUAGUUUUAUUAGUAUAGAUCUUUCAUAUACUUGUUUUAUAAGUAUAGGUCUUGCAUAUACUAGUUUUAUUUGUAUAGGUCUUUCAUAUACUAGUUUUAUUAGUAUAGGUCUUGCAUUUACUAGAUUUAUUAGUAUAGGUCUUUCAUAUACUAGUUUUAUUAGUAUAGGUCAUUCAUAUACUAGUUUUAUUAGUAUAGGUCUUGCACAUACUAGUUUUAUUAGUAUAGGUUUUUCUUGUCAUUACUGUUACAUGUAUGUGACCUUUUGCAUCCCCCCCCAAAUCCAGCUCACCCCAGCCCACUCCACCAGGUGUAAUUAUUUGCAUAUCAUUUUUCAUAGCAAAUUAAGUAGUUUGGUAUAUUGAAAAGGAAGUAAUAAAUGCUAAUAUUAUUUAAUUGAAUGGUAAUUAACAUAUAUGUAAACAGUUUGUUUGCAGAACAGUUUUGAAAGGAAUAAAAAUCCAAAUUAGUUAUAUAUGUUUUCUUUAAUAAUAAAUAAUUUAUGCUUUUUCAGGCAAUUAAUAUUUCACCGAAGUAAAUUAGAUGAAGCAAAUACAUUUGUAAAAGUAUCUCAAAAUUUAAUAAUUGAAACAAUUUCUGUUUACUAAAUUAUCCAAAGGCCCUUUAGAACACUUUGAUUAACCAAAGCACUUUAGAUUUACUUUUCAACAAAAACAAUGGUUGGUUUGUUUAAACUAUUUCAAAACGAAGCUUUUUUUUUUCACCAAAAUGCUCUGCUAAAUAACAUCUUGAUAUAAAAUACUACAGCUAUUUUACUGUAGUAUCUUUCAGCCUAAUCGAGCCAUUUGGUGGAUUAGACUAAUGUUAUGAUCUGAGAUUGGUUUGAUUUUCGAAUAUUAAAAUAUUUUAUUUAGGAGAUGUCAUACAUAUAUAAUUGCAGUUACCCUCUUUGAUGGGUGAAUUGAAAAGACAUGACAUUUCAUGAGACUUUGCAUUUGUUCUCUUCAAAUACAUAUGGUUAAGAAAGAUAGUGUUUUAAUGUAAUAAAAAUUCAUUAGCUUGAUAAUAUAAGCAUACCAGAUAUUGGUUAUCUCUGCUAAAUUUGCAGGUACUGACUAGGAGAGUCCUUAUACUUGUUGUUUACAGUUGGAAUUUAGGUACCUAAAAGCAACAUUCAUUUCAUUUUUGAACAGGAAUGAAAUUGUACCAGGGUUUUAAUUUAAAUGACUUCUUUGGCUAGUUUUUAUUUACCUUUAGGCUACAAUAUUUACAUUUCUGUUUUAUUUGUAUUAUGCUGAAUUCACUCUAGAAUUUUAAGAAUGAAUGAACUUGAUUGGCCUUGUUAAAUAUACUCUUGUCCUACUGUUUUGUGAAUUUUAUAUAAGUUUUAUUACAUAUCCCACAAAUGUCAAAAGAGUUGAAGCAGCAUGCAUACUAUGAUUGUUUCUCAAAAAAUACUAAUUUAUUUUACAGUACCUCCCCAGAGGUAAUGGUGUAAUGAUUCUCACUUCAAUUACAAUUUUUGGGAAAUAAACUAAUUCAAACUGUGACAGUCUAAAUUUAUGAACCUUUUAUUUUAGUAUGUAUGUAUUAAUACGACCCGAUUGUUAAUAUAUCUAUGUUUUUCAUCUGUGAUAUUAUGUACAUAAAUAAAUUAAUAUUUAGAGAUAUUUAUAAUGUAUGUGUCUAUCCAGAGUUAUAUAAAACACU